AUGUGGAAGGAAAUGAAAAAAAAGUAUCUUCACUCCAAGAUGAAAACAGCAGAGGAAACGGCUACCUCCGAACUCUAUGUGGCUCUCAUGAUGGCCCCGAAAACCUCUCCAGCAAAAGCUGUCAGACAUCAGAGCGACAUGGUGUUUGAAGAAAUCGGUCGCCGCAUCAGAGAGGUUGGUGGGCAGCUCGUCAAAAAGGUGAAUGCCAUCUUUCAGUGGGAUAUCAUGAGUGGGGAGUUGAUGGCAGCCCAAUGGACUCUGGAUCUAAAGACCGGCUCGGGUGAGAUCUACCGAGGACCUUCCCGCCAGUCCGCCGAUGCCAUCUUCACCCUCUCCGAAAAUGACUUCAUGGAACUCGUUCUGGGCAAGGUCAAGCCUCAACGGGCUUUCUUGGUGGGCAAGAUAAAGGUGAAAGGCAGCAUCCUGCUCAGCCACAGACUGGAGACUAUUCUCAAAGACUACAUCAAAUUGUGA